CGCAACCAAAGCUUCCCUGUGGCUGAGUCAGAGUGACUGAGACAGCCGGUGCCUUUAUAAAAUCUUCCUCCUCCACCUUCAAAGUUCGAAGUUUCAUCUCUGCGAAACCUAAACUCUCAAAACUCUGAACUGCCGCGCUCUGUGCGACUCGACUUUGAAGUAAAAGAGAGAAUGGCGACGACUGCAAUGGAUUUGACGCUUACCAACCAACUGUCUUCUUUUGCCUCGAAGGUUCAAUUAAAUCGUUCUCCAAAAGCUAGGGCUUUCACGGUCAGAUGUUCCGUCCCUCUCUCAUCCGGCGGUGCCGCUCUCGGGUUGGCGGAAAGACCCUGGAAGACUUCAGAUGCUAGACUUGUGCUUGAAGAUGGUUCAGUCUGGACAGCCAAGUCAUUUGGUGCUUCGGGAACUCAAGUUGGUGAAGUGGUCUUCAAUACAUCUUUGACAGGGUACCAAGAGAUUCUUACAGACCCUAGUUAUGCUGGCCAGUUUGUCCUGAUGACAAACCCUCAUAUUGGCAACACUGGUGUAAAUUUUGAUGAUGAGGAAUCAAGGCAAUGCUUCCUUGCUGGUCUAGUCAUUAGAAGUUUGAGUAUCAGUACUUCAAAUUGGAGAUGUGCAGAAACACUUGGUGACUAUCUAGCAGAAAGAAACAUCAUGGGCAUUUAUGAUGUUGACACGCGUGCAAUUACCCGAAGAUUGAGACAAGAUGGAAGCCUUAUAGGUGUUUUGAGCACAGAAGAUUCAAAAACCAAUAAGGAACUAUUGCAACUGUCCCGCUCAUGGGAUAUUGUGGGUGUUGAUUUAAUAAGUGGUGUUUCAUGCAAGACCCCUUACGAAUGGAUUGACAAAACAAAGUCAGAUUGGGAAUUUAACUCCAUUGAGAGAGAUGUAGAUGCUUUGCAUGUUGUUGCAUAUGAUUUUGGGAUCAAGCUUAAUAUACUUAGGCGUUUAGCAUCCUAUGGCUGUAAGAUUACAGUUGUCCCUUCAACAUGGCCAGCAUCGGAGACUCUAAAGAUGAAGCCCAAUGGGGUUCUUUUCAGCAAUGGCCCUGGAGACCCCUCUGCAGUUCCUUAUGCAGUAGAAACAGUGAAAGAAAUACUGGGAAAGGUUCCUGUUUUUGGAAUUUGUAUGGGUCAUCAGUUGCUUGGUCAAGCAUUAGGUGGCAAAACCUUUAAGAUGAAGUUUGGUCACCAUGGAGGAAAUCAUCCAGUUCGUAACCUUCGGAGUGGCCAUGUUGAGAUUAGUGCUCAGAAUCACAACUAUGCUGUUGACCCUGCAUCACUUCCAGAGGGUGUGGAAGUAACUCAUGUCAAUCUUAAUGAUGGAAGCUGUGCUGGCCUUGCCUACCCGGCACAAAACAUCAUGUCUCUUCAAUACCACCCUGAAGCAUCACCAGGACCUCAUGAUUCAGACUAUGCUUUUCAAGAAUUCAUAGAGAUGCUAAAGCGGGCAAAACAAAAUGCUUAAGCACAAUCCGUACCAAUGCACUGUUAUUAUAAGCUUGUGAGAGUUCAAAAGGUGGUAGUUUAAUCUGGCUUAUGCUACUACUGUCCAUGAAGCUCAUAUGUAUUUUAUAUGGAGAAGACUAGUGCUUUAUUAUUGUCAAAUUUGUUAGUGAUUGUGGAAUAGAUAAAAAUAAUGGAAAAUGCUACUUUGUCC